AAAUACGCGGUUUACAAGUAAUUGUGAUUGCAGAAAAAGUCUGAAUUGUGAUUGGUCAGUUGAUCACGUGGUAUUCUGCACUUGAUGCAUGAUAGGUUAGUUUUUUCAUCCAUGAAAGUGUGACGCAGCCCAAAUAUGAUUUUCGACCGUACGAUAUAAACAGUGAAACGUGAAGGAGAAAUGUCAAGUACGUAGUUGUGGAUUAGUCUAUCGCAGAACACCGGGAUUGUAGAGUUUUAUAGAUUUUUUUAAGUAAUUGUUGACGCAAUUAUCGUGAGAAUUGAAUAAAGCCGGUUUAUAGUUUAUGAGAGUUAUAGACUCGAUUGUUUUUGUGCUUUAUAUUUUUAAUAUAUAAAGCAUUAAAAAUGGAUCGAGAUAAGGUCAUAGGAAACUUGAGAGCAGCAUUAUUGUCUUCAAAAGGAGGGGUACUCAUAGAUGAAGUAAACCGAGAUUUUAAAACGAUUAUUGGUGAAAAUAUACCAUAUCGUAGGCUUGGAUAUCAAUCUUUAGAGGCUUUCUUAAAAUCAAUAUCUGGAAUUAAAAUUACUAAUAAAGGUGGACAAACAUAUGUAGAAGCUUUACCUAAUGAGAAAUCUUCUCAUCUUUCCAAACUAAUAUCACAACAAAAGAGUGCAAAUAAAAAAGAGUUACGAAAAGGUUUCUACCGCAAUUCAACGCCAUGUCGAAUGCCAUAUUCAACAAAGAAAGUUGUUUUCCCUGGGAAAAAUGUUAAUGCAAAUUCUUCUAUGCAAACUAAAAAUUCUAUGAAAAACAACACUAACCAAAAACAAGAAAAGAUUGUACCUCUCAUGCAAGUUCCAACAGGAUAUAUACCGCCAUCUUCUUUAGGAAGACCUAGAUACAUACAACCGGUGUCAGGAUCACCUACUUGUCCUAGCAAAAGACUGAAGGAUAGAAAAUCAAAUGCUAUUCAAACAAUAAUGAACCAAAAUGUUGAUAAACCCAAUAAUAAUACAUUUUUUAAAAGCAAUGACAAUGCUGAAAAAUCUGCAAUACCUGUGAUAACAUCAAAACCAAACACUGUGCAGAAAUAUUCAGAAGCUUGUAGUAAUGAAAAAUCUUCUUCAAAUAUAAGUGGCAGACUUAAAAUUAAUUCAGAUAUUCCAUCCCAUUCGCUUAUAAGUAAUAAUGUCUCAACAUCUCAACAUUCUGAAGUAUUAUCACCACUAUCUCCUGCACAAUUAAUAGGGAAUAAACCAAUUUCAUUUGCUGCUGCACAACCAUUGAAGGUGCAAGAAAAUAAUCAAAAGAAGACAGUUUUAAAAUCGACAGUAUCCAUAGAAGAUCCGAGACAUCAAUUGAAAAUCUGUGCAAGAAAUCUUAGUUUACCUGAACCUAUAUACAGGAUAUUACCAGCAACUGCUAAAACCUCAACAGUAAUGGGUAUAUAUGCUCAUGUUAAGAUUGGACCACAUGGAUAUAGCAAUUAUCCAUAUGAUGUAAGUUCUGAUGAUGAAGCUCAACGAUUAGCAGCUGAAAUAGCAUUAAAAGAUCUUAUUGAUAAAUUUGGUUCAUUACCUAAUAUCACUGAAACUACCAAUAAAGAAUUAAUACAAAAACGUAUAGUGGCAAUUGUAAAUACUCACAUGAAUGGAGUUUUCAAAGAUCAAAUACCUGUAUAUUACAAACAAGGAUAUGGAGAGUGUUUGCCUGCAGAUUGGUUUGACAUCAUAGAAGAGUGUUCUGAAAUUAUAUUAGAAAAAGGUGCUGAUAAUUCAAUUAUUUUACAACGAUGUGAGAUUAAAAAAGAGAAGGUAUGUGAUUCAAUUUCACCAAAAUCAGAUAAAAUACUAUUGAAUCCAAUAGGACCAACAAUACCAGGACAAUUGCAAUUACCAGAAGAUCAGUAUUGGAUCGUAUAUGUUUGUUGUGUGAUAAGUACAGUUGAUGUUUGGGUUCGACUUGCUGGUCCUGAUUAUAGUGACAAAUUCGAUAUUAUGAUAGCUGAGAUGAUGGAAUACUAUAGUCGAAGUCAAACAUCUAUUAAAUCAGUCGAGAUAGGAGGUUAUUAUGCGAUAUUUGAAGAUGAUUGCUGGCAUAGAGUUCGCUGUGAAGAAUUUGAUAGUAAUACUGGAUUGGUUACUGUGUUAUUCAUUGAUCAUGGCGAUGAAGAUCAACGUCCCUUAAGUGAUUUAUAUAUACUGGAUAAAAAAUUUUGCAGCCUAUCUGCACAAGCAAUGCGUAUGUGUUUAGCUGGUUUGGAAGACUUUAGAGAUUGUGAGACUGUUUUGGUUCACAUUGAAAAUUUGUUACUUGGCCAAGCUUUUUAUGUCGAAGUGCUUAAUCAGGGCUUUGAUAAAGAUGGUCCAUAUGCUACAGUUGAAUUUUAUGAUACAAGUGGUCCAGAUGAUAUUAAUUUAAAUAAAAUUCUAUAUAAGCAAAUAUUGCAGAAUAUUAUAGCUUUACCACAAAUGAACGUUGCAGGACAAGUAACAGAAGUUUUUGUCUCACACGUAGAAAAGAAUGGUGAUGUUUACAUUCAGAUACAAACAGAAGGGAUGAAAUAUCUAAUUCGUUUGAUAAAUCGUUUGACACAAACCGGACUAACUGCAGAUAUUUUGAAAUACAGUAUAGUUACUGUUGUCGAUAGAAUGAAAAAAUAUUUUGUAUCUGUAGAUGGAAAUUGGUAUAGAGGAGAAGUGAUGAAUAUUUAUCCAAAUGGUCAAGUAAAGGUGUUCUUAAUUGAUUUUGGAAAUACAGUUAUUGCGAGUAAAGCUAAUUUAUUGCAUUUGGAAAAACUUUCUGAUUUAUUGACGAAGUAUCCUGCACAGGCUAUGAAAGUACAUCUUCACAAUAUUGAAAAAUCAAUGUGUAAUGAGAAGAUGGUUUCCCGGAUAAGGAAGCUUGUUCCACAGGGUGAACCGAUUCUAAUGAGGGUGAUCACACAUUCAACUGUUGGUACACCAUUAGUAGAAUUGUUUAAACGUAUUCAACCCGACAAUGUUCUUGCUUCUAUUAAUACUACCUUAGCUUACGAAGAACUUAAAAGAACUAUUGGAGAUGGUAAUAAUAAUGUAAAAUCAAGAAAACGUAUUACAUCACGAACUAUAACGAAUGAAGACGAUGACGUUAUAAAAACAUUAAAGCCUCCGAAAAUCACAGGACUUGGUGAAUUUUUUGAUGUACAUAUUACAAUGGCUGCCAAUCCAGGAAAUUUUACUGUUCAACCACUAGAUGAUAAACGAUCUUUAGAGGCGAUGAUGAUCGAAUUGCAAGAAGUUUGUUUGACUUAUCAUGGAUCAUAUCCAACUGUUGAAUCUAUUAGAGAAGGAAAUCUUUAUGCAGCUAAACAUAUAGAUGAGCAUUGGUAUAGAGUAUCCGCCUUGAAUAUUAUCAAUGAAAAUAUGGUCACCGUAUAUUUCUGUGAUUUUGGUGAUGUGUCUAUUCUAUCGUUAGACAAGUUACAACCUUUAAAAAGUCAAUUUUUAGAAUUACCAUAUCAAGCAAUAAAGGCCAAGCUGGUUGGAAUAAGGCCUAUUAACAUGGAUUGGUCAGUGGAGGAUUGCUUAAGAUUUCAACGAUUGGUGUUAGAAAAGAACUUUGUAUCAAUAGUUGUUGAAUCAACUCACGAUGAUGUAAAUCCCGCUGAAACUAUACUUGGUCUAAAAUUGAUAGAUGUAGAGACAUCAGAAGACAUUUACAUUGAUCAGCUUUUAGUAGAGGAAGGUCGUGCAGUAUAUACAGAUUGAAUUGAUAAUAGUAAUUCAGAAUAGUAGUACCAAAAGUUAACAUACAUUUCUAUACUGAAAUAAUAGUAAAAAGAAAAAAAACACAAAAAAAAUAAAAAAAAGAAAUAGAAGAAAAAAAGUUAAAAAAAAGAAAAGGAAAAGAAAAGAAAAGACAUUUAUUAAAAGAGAUCAUUAUAAUUUUAAUUAAAAAAGUAGAGUGUAUGUCUCUAAGGAAGUAUUUUACAAGGUUGUGUUCACGAAAGAUUUAAUUUUUAUAAUUAUUUUUUUCUUUUUUUUUCUUUUAUAUAUUUAAAAUAUUAUCUAUUCUCUCAUCUUUAACAUAUUCCAUCAAAUUUCUUGAUAUCUCUUUUACAGAGAAAGAAAGAAAAAAAAAGAGGGAGACAUCGGUAUAUAACUGGUAUAUAUGCUUUAUCUAUAUGUUCCUUGAAUCUAUAAAAAUAGAGACUUUUUUAUAUAUUAUUAUAAUUAUGAUAAUAUAUUAUAUCGUAGAUAAAUAAGUUCGACAUAAAUAGCGUUUGAGAGUUCUUAAAUAAUUUUAUGAUUUUCUUAAGAAAUUAGACGAACAUAUACUAUGAAUUUGAAAGAUUUUUUUCAUUCAACUAUAGCUUUCAUAGAAUUUAGAGAGAGAAAAAGAAAACAAUUUAAAUAAUGUAGUCUCAUCAACUUGUAGUAACUUUAUAUAAUACUAUAAAGAAAUUUUUGGCUGUGGUCUAUAGAGGACUAUAGAUAUAAUAAUUUGAUUGUAAGCAUUCCAUUUUGUUUUUUGAUUUUUCUUUUUUCGUUUUAACUAAUACGUAUGAAAUUAAUGUUAUUAAAAAAAUGUUUCAGACUAAUUAUCCCAAUACUUUAAAAAAUAAUUAGUUAUGAUAUAAAUUAAAGAAAAGUAGAAGAAAAGAAAACAGAGAAAUAUAUAAAAUAUCAUUCAAUUUGUUGUAUUGUUUAAGUAAUUAAUUAAAUAAAAAAUAAAAUUGUAACGUAGGUGUUUGUCUGAAACAUUUUUUUUAAAUUAUAUGAACGGCUUAACUGCGCAUAUAUAUAGCUAAGUUGAAACUUAUCUAAAUAUUUCAUAUUUUUUGGUUAAAACUAAAGAUUUAUAUAUAAAAUUAGAAUAUAUAAAAGUACACCUAGUGUAUUUUUGUUAGUUUUCUAAAUAUUUACUUUUUUGUUUGGCUUGUUGUUUCUCUUUUUUGCAAUAAUUAUAAAUAUUGAUAACUUUCCUAUUAUAAUUUUAUCAAUAUUUUGGUGCUGUUAUAUUCAUUGCAAAAUUGAAUUAUUGUGUGCGUUUUCAUAUGAUUCGAAGGAGAAAGAUAUUGGCUCUAAAGUGCCAAAUUAUAUUAUUAUAGACAUAUUUGUAAAUUUUAAAAUUAAUUAAAAUUUACAAGUAUAUAAUUUAUGAGAUAAAAGUAUAAAACAUAUACGUGUAUGUGUGUAUAUGUGUGUAUGUGUGUCUAUAUAUAUAUAUAUAUAUAUAUAUAUAUAUAUAUAUAUAUAUAUAUAUUAUCAAUAGUAAUCACAAUAAUAAUUAAUGAUUAUAUGAAUAAUUAUAUGAUCGCGUAGUUAAUAAUAAUUAUUAUAUAAUAAUUGAAUUAUUAUUAAUUAUUAUUAAUAAUAUAUAUUACUUAAAAUUUUAUACGUAGUAAUAUUAACGAUACUAACGAUAACAAAAGAAAAAAAAAUCAACUUUCAUUGUUCAGUAUUUUCUAUUAGACUAGAACAUAUAAUAUGGUGAUCUUUCUUCCCUGCGUGUAUAUUAGCUAUAUCUAAUGUCUAAAUAUAUCUAAUAUUGGACAUGACAUAGUUCUUCAUAAAAAAAAGAAUAUAUUUUUAUUUUGUUAUAUUAAUAAUAUAUGAUAUAGCUUAUCGUGUUGUGUUAUGGUAAUAUAUUAUUUUUGAUAACUUGAUGAAAGGUGCCAAUAAAAAAAAAGUAACUUUGUAUAAAUAAAAAAAGAUACAUUCUUUCCUUAUCUUUAUUUGUAAAAAUCCUGUUUUGUUGAAUUUUAUAAUCGUUAUUUAAAAAGUAAUAUUAUUAAUAAGUAUAUUAAUUUUUAUUUUUCGUUUAUAAUUUAUAUUUAAUAAAAAAUUAUAAAUUAUAAGUUUUCAUAUAGACAAAUUUAUUUAUACUAUAGUUAUAGAAAAGAGAAUACAAUUUUAUAAUAAUUAGUAAAGAUGUAAAUUUAUGAUAUAAAUAUAAUUAAAAUAUAUAAAUUUUGGGAAGAUCGUUUAAAAGCAAAAUGGAUUCAAAUAUGCCGCUGAAAUAUAAUUACUACGUAAGUCUGAGGAAACUCAAGCUUUUAUUUGAAAAUGAUAUUGAAAACUAAAUUAUAUAUAAAUUUACUUUAUCUUUCCUAUAAAUAUUACUUAAUGUAUUCAUAAAAACGUUACAAAUUAAAAAUGUCAAACAUUAAUAUUAAUAAAUUAUACUACUUCA